AUGGAGAUCUUAAAUGUGAUCUCUGAGCAUUCAACUUUUGGAAGGCCACUAACAAUGAAGGUGCUGACCCCAGCACAAAUAAAAUCAAUUUGCCUCGCCAUACUAGAAUCAGGAAAGCAAUAUGCAGUGAAGAAGAGGAAACCGUUCCCACUCAUGUAUUCCUACUACGGGACAGAGUAUCUCGGUGCAGCACACGGGCUUUCAUCAAUCCUUCAGAUGUUGCUUUCCUAUUAUGAGUACCUGCAGCCAGCAGAUCAGGAGCUUGUGUGGCAGAGCGUUGAUUUUCUUAUGGACCAAGAACAGAACAGCAACUGGCCUCCUGAGCUGGGAGAGACAAUCGAGCGGGAGAACGAGCUUGUACACUGGUGUCAUGGAGCUCCAGGCAUUGCAUACCUGUUUGCCAAAGCAUACCUGGUUUCCAAGAAGCCUCAGUAUCUGGACACUUGUAUCCGCUGUGGAGAGCUAACUUGGCAGAAAGGCCUGUUGAAGAAGGGACCUGGAAUAUGCCAUGGAGUGGCCGGUAGCGCUUACGUGUUCCUGCUGCUGUACAGGCUCACUGGAAACUCAAAAUACAUUUACAGGGCACAAAGGUUUGCAGAGUUCUUAUUUACAGAAGAAUUUAAGGCUGGUUCCCGGGCAUUAGAAAGUGUAUAUAGUCUGUAUGAAGGCUUCUCGGGAACUGUGUGUUUCCUGACUGAUUUGCUGCAACCCAACCAAGCUGAGUUUCCUCUCUUCAGUGUCUUUGUCUAG